GUGAAGCGUUGAUCAAAACACCCCCCUUCAUGUUUCCUGGCCCAUUUUGCUUCAUCUCCCUUGCCAUGGUCUCUUCCACCCAAUUCCGGGUCUGAUCCCCGUGAUCAUCUCUGUUUCUCCUUCACCAGCGAUCGCCACACAUAUUAUUUCUCUGUCCUCGCUGUCCGAAACCAAUUCGCGUCGUAGCUUGUGCGCGCAAUUUCGCACGGCGAUCCUCCUCGGCCUUGUGCUGUCUGGACGGCGUGGAAGGUUGCUUUUCGCCCGACGAUCCGUUUCUUCUCUGUCAAUCCGGGAUCUCGAUUGUGUCACUCUCGCCAUGACGGGAUUCACGAACGGCUUCCUGAAUCAAGCGACGAACGGCCAUGCGACGAACGGCCUCGGGCGGCAUCCCGCCCCAGCCGAUCCAGUCUCGCUGGCGAAGCGCCGACGGAUGGAAGGCGGCGCCGCCGCCGCCAGCGGCGAACCGCACGGCGCAAUCAUGGCGGUCCCGCUGAAUCAGACUCCGUCUGUUAAGACGGAACCCAGCGACCUCUGGUCAGACCGCGGCGGCCGCGAUCGCGACCGCGACGAUCGUGCCGAUCGCGCUGACCGCGUUGGCUCCGCGGCGGCGACGGUGGCGGAGUGGGCGGAGAUGUGCGACGCGGCCGUGGCGAUGGAGGCGGGGCGGCGCGCGCACGCGCAGAAGUGGUCGCGGCGCGUGCGCGAGGGGCUCGCGAAGGUGGUGGACGUGUGGAUGGGGAUCGGGCGAGAGAGGGACGUCGCGUCGCUCAUGGACGUGGAUCGCGGCAGCGGCAACCACGAGUCGUACAGCCGCAACAGCGAAUCCCUGGACGGAGCGCUCAUCACGGCGAAGGACCCGGCGACUGUUGCGGCGGCAGCAGGGGAGAAUCAGAAGCUUGGUAUGAUCCCGAGGAUCCGGUCCGUUCACGGCGACCUCGAUAACAGUUUCGAGGAUGGCUUUAUCGGGGAUGACGGGGUGAUCCAGAGCUACUGUGCGGAGGAGCAUCACCACUACGGGCCGCGCAACGACUGCAAGACCAAGAUGAUCUGCACGCUGGGGCCCGCCUCCCGCAGCGUGCCGGUGCUGGAGAAGCUGCUCUUAGCGGGGAUGAACGUGGCGCGCUUCAACUUCUCCCACGGGUCGCACGAGUACCACUCAGAGACGCUCAACAACCUGCGCGCCGCCAUGGCGAACACGGGGAUUCCGUGCGCCACGCUGCUGGACACCAAGGGCCCCGAGAUCCGCACAGGGCAGCUGAAGGGCGGCAAGGCGGUGCAGCUUCAGCAGGGCGGCGAGGUCACUCUCACCACGGACUACGCCGCGCUCGGGGACGCCGCCACCAUCGCCAUCAGCUACAAGAGCCUGGCCAAGGACGUGAAACCAGGGGGGCAGAUCCUCUGCGCAGACGGCAGCAUCUCGCUCACCGUGCUGGCUUGCGACGUGGCGAAGGGCACUGUGCGCUGCCGGUGUGAGAACACAGCAGUCCUGGGCGAGCGCAAGAACGUGAACCUCCCGGGCGUGAUAGUGGACCUGCCGACAGUGACAGCCAAGGACAAGGAGGACAUCCUGCUGUGGGCGGUCCCGCACGGGGUCGACUUCAUCGCCGCCUCGUUCGUGCGCAAGGGCUCGGACGUGGUUGCUAUAAAGAAGCUGCUGGGCGCGGAGAACAGCAAGCGCAUCCACAUCAUUUCAAAGGUGGAGAACCAGGAGGGGCUGGUCAACUUUGACGACAUUUUGCGCGAGUCAGACGCCAUCAUGGUGGCGCGAGGCGACCUGGGCAUGGAGAUCCCCAUCGAGAAGAUCUUCCUGGCGCAGAAGAUGAUGAUCCACAAGUGCAACAAGGCCGGCAAGCCCGUUGUCACCGCCACGCAGAUGCUUGAGUCCAUGACCAAAUUCCCGCGCCCCACGCGCGCCGAGUGCACCGACGUCGCCAACGCCGUGCUCGACGGCACCGACGCGGUGAUGCUGUCGGGGGAGACGGCGGCGGGGCAGUACCCGGUGGAGGCGGCAUCUGUGAUGGUGCGGCUGUGCCGCGAGGCGGAGGCGAGUGUGGACCCUGCGGCGUCGUACCGGGACAUGAUGGCCGCCACUGCCAUGCCCAUGAGCCCCAUCGAGAGCCUCGCUUCCUCGGCUGUCAAGACUGCUGACAUGAUUCGGGCGGCUGUGAUUGUUGUCCUCACUCGCACUGGAGCCACGUCUCGACUCAUAGCCAAGUAUCGCCCACCUAUGCCCGUGCUCUCAGUCAUUGUCCCCGAGCUGAUCCCCCACCCGCAUGAUCCACUGCGCCUCGUGUGCUGCUCCGAUGCCGAAGCUGCUGCCAGGCAUGCUCUGCUGGUUCGGGGGCUGCACCCUGUCAUGGCUGAGGGAGGAGCUCAUGCUACAGAUAGUGAUGCUACCGAUGCUAUUGUGGCUUCUGCCAUUAGCAUGGGCAUCAGUGGGGGGCUGUGCAACGUGGGAGAUACGGCUGUGGUGGUGCAGAAGAUUGGGAAUGCUAGUGGUCUUAGGAUUAUGGUUGUGAAGUGAGUUCAUGGCAAUGGGUGGCGUAUUCUUGGGGAGGUGGAUUCUAUGGGAAGUAAUUUAUUGGUCGAAUGAUUCAUAUAUUCAUUUACAUUGGAAA